AAACAAUAACGCUGUAUUUAUAUACUAUACCUGCUAAAUAUUAGUUUUUACUCAGCGGAAUAAAACAAAGAUGAAUCCAAAUUAUGAAGAUUUGUCAGCAUGGAAUUUGAAUGAUGCUAACAAUCCUAUGUCAAACACUAACUCAUAUUAUCCAGGAGGUCCAGGUUUCCCAGGUGGUGGACCAGGAUAUCCAGGAGGCGGACCAGGAUAUCCAGGAGGAGGACCAUGCUAUCCUGCAGGUGGACCAGGGUUUCCAGGAGGAGGAGGAGGAGGAAUGGGUCAAGGAUUUCCACCACCAGCACCAUGCCAAGGAGCACCACUAGGUUAUCCAGGUCCUGACCCUGCAGGCUUUCCACCUUCUGGUUCUAUGGGAUUUGGUAAUGGACCUCAAUAUGGAUAUAAUCCAAGUGGUGCAGGUUAUCCAGCUCAAGGAUAUCCGCAAACAGACUCAAACUAUGGAGGCGCACGGCAGUAUAUUCCAGGUGCACCUAUUUGCCCAUCACAACCAUCGUGCGGAACUAUGGACUCAUUCAGUUAUAAUGAUAGUGAUUAUGGAAGAAGUACAGACCGAAAUCCAUAUUCCGAGCCAAAUAGAUCUUGUCAGUCCAAUUCGUAUAAAGACAUAUUUAAUCCAACAGUCAAAGAUGCACCGAACUUUGAUGCUGAAGCAGACUGUGAACGUUUAAGAAAAGCAAUGGCAGGAUUAGGAACAAAUGAAAAAGAAUUAAUUGAUGUUAUGGCACAUAGAAGUCCUGCUCAACGUGUAGCAAUCACAAGGAAAUAUAAGGCAUUAUUUGGAAAAGAUUUAACAUCUAAAUUUCGGUCUGAAUUAAGUGGACACUUUUUAGAUUGUAUGAUCGCUUUGUGUUUAUCACCAGCUGAAUUCGAUGCUUCUGAGUUGUAUAAAGCAAUGAAAGGUCUUGGUACAGAUGAAGACGUUCUUAUUGAAAUAUUAUGCUCUAGAACAAAUGAACAAAUCAGGGAGAUCAAAGAUGCCUAUGGAAGAAAUCGAACACGUCAAAUGACUGUAGAAGAAGUUCGUGGACUUAUGAAACAACUUACUGACAAAUUUAAUGCAAAAGACAAUGGUGAUUUAUACAAUAUGGCACAUCAACCGGUAUCAGGUGGGGGCAAUGCAAUAGAACAAAUUGAGCAUGUGAAAAAUCACUUGAUUAAAUAUGUCAGACAAGAUAAAGACUUUUCAGUGGCAUUAUCUCAAGCAAAAAUUGGUAAUGUAAUUUCAGCAGAUUUUGAUGAAAGUGAUGAUAGUUACCUACUAACAAUCCAUCUUGAUAAACCAAUGAAAACUGAACAACCAACUAAAACAUCUCGACGUCCUAGUGAAAAUAGACAAAGUCAAAAGAAGCCGGCAGUGCCAACGAAAUCGGUAACACCUAAUAAACCAAGUUCACCAGCUAGUGGAAGUGUCCCUAAUUCACCAGAAAAGACAAGUCAAGCGGAUAGUAUUCCUGAAGAAAUUAAGGCAGCACAUGAUAGAUAUCGUGAAGUAGAAGAAUAUCCAUUAGAACCAACUUUAAAACCUUCACCUGAUUUUGAUCCUGACAAAGACUGUGAAAAAUUACAUCAAGCUAUGGCUGGUAUGGGUACAAAUGAAAAAGCUGUCAUUGAAAUUAUGGGUCACAGAUCAUCAGAACAACGUGUAGUCAUAACACAACGAUAUAAGUCAAUAUUUGGUAAAGAUUUAACGUCGAAAUUUAAAUCAGAAAUGAGUGGCGCCUUAUAUGAUUGUAUGAAGGCAUUGUGUUAUUCACCUGUGGAAUUAGAUGCACGUGAAUUACGUAGAGCUGUAGAAGGAGCAGGUACAGAUGAAGAUGCUUUAAUUGAAAUUCUAUGCUCUCGGACAAAUGAUCAAAUAAAACAGAUUAAAGAAACGUAUACUAAAGUAUUCCCUAAUCGUGAUUUGGAAAAUGAUAUAAAAGGUGAUACAUCACGUCAUUUCAAGCGUGUUUGCGUUGCUCUUCUACAAGCCAAUAGAGAUGAAUCAACAAAAGUCGAUACAGAACUUGCUCGAAGAGAUGCAGAAAGUUUAUACAGGGCAGGUGAACAAAAAUUAGGAACAGAUGAAUCCAAAUUUGUUCAAAUACUCGUUUCAAGAUCAUAUGCUCAUUUGCGUUUGGUGUUUGAAGAGUAUACAACCAUUGGAAAACGCAAUAUUGAAGAUACUUUAAAGGCAGAAAUGCAUGGAGAUACACUGCGUGCCUUUCUAUCAAUUGUUUCUUGUAUUAAAAAUAAACCAAAGUAUUUCGCCGAAAAACUACACAAGUCGAUGAAAGGUUUAGGCACAGACAAUAAAACACUAAUUCGUAUAAUUGUAUCUCGUUGUGAAAUUGAUUUGGGAAUAAUAAAGAAAGAAUUUCAAAGUUUAACUGGGAAAACUCUAGAAGCAUAUAUACAUGCAUUCAACGCUGUGGAUGUGUCAUCUAAAUACCUUCAUGGUACAUUUGCAAAAGGUUGA